CGUCGACGAGUGGUUCGUAAGCGUGUUUGUAACGUUCGUCGAUCAUCAGGUGGUUUUUAAACAUGCGCACUCAACAACACACAAGGUUAUCCGAACAAGGACAGACGAUUGACAAAUCGUAUGCGCGACAUAACUGUGUCCGCCGAGACGCUGAAGCAUCGUUAUCAUCGUGGUAGGAGAAUAUUAUUAUAAUUGUUCGGUGAGGAUUAGGCGAAGGUGGAGUAGGAGGGCUGUCAAAAGACGGAAUAUGUCGGAGAUUUUUUUUUCGUUCAUUUCGUGAGGUGAUUCGUUAUGUAGAUAAGUGAAAGACGACGACGAACGCUCGGCUUUAAGUGCACUCCGCCAUCACGGUUUUCACCAACUCUCAUGUCAGCUGACAUUUGCGUCAUCACCGCAGACGUGCUCUAGACCAUUGUAACUAGGCCUUUAGAACAUCUACCAUGUCACGACCUUUGGAACACACCGCGCCACGGCUUUUGGGAUCGACCACGCCGCUGACACCAGUGGCGGGAAACCGUCCGGUCGGCCGUUGGGGACGACUGCGAUCGAGGACGUUCAAAACGGUUGGCGACCACUGCGCGGUGGAAAUUGUCACCUUGCUGUUUUCCUCGUCGAUGUCCAUGUCCGGGUUCUUCCAGAACAACCUCCUGCUACGAAAGGCGUGCAACGGGACCGUGCCCUUCGGCGAGUGCACCGACGGCGAGGCGCACGCUCAACACGUCGUGUCCGUCAUUUACUCGUGGAAAGCGGCCAUCCAGUACAUCGUGCCCGUCGUGUUGAUCAUACUAUCAGGACCCUGGAGCGAUAGUCAUGGCAGGCGACGUAGACCAUUGAUUUUCUUACCGAUAAUCGGUCAAAUGUUGACUGACAGCUUAUGCAUUUUGAACGUUUAUUUUUGGAGCUGGCCACCGCAAAUUGCUGCUAUCUUCGAAGCUAUAACUCCUGGGUUAUUUGGGUCUCGAAGCAUGUUUUGGGUAGGUGUAAUAUCAUAUAUAUCGGAUAAUAGUCCAAUUGAACUGCGAACAUUAAAAUACGGAAUCAUAAACGCGAUCUACACUAUCAGUAGUCUUAUUGGAACAGGGUUAGCUGGUUUUUUAAACGUUGGCCUUGGUUUUUAUGGUGCAUUUUUGGUAUCGAUUUCGUUCAAUUUAGCCGCUAUUACGAUUGGAUUACUUAUUGUCAAAGACACUUCUGAGCCAUAUGACAAAAAUGUUGAGUGGUUGAAGCUAAAACAUUUCGUCCAAAGUUAUUUGAAUGUAUUUAAAGGAGGAACGAAAUCCUUUACUGUUACAUUAUUUGUUUUGCUGUUAAGUCAAGGUGUGUUGGUGGGAAGAAUAGGAGGCGAAUAUGCUAUCACAUAUCUUUUUACCCGGUACAAAUUUCAUUGGUAUGAAGUGGAAUACAGUUAUUUUGCUGCUUUCAAAAUGAUGACAAUAUUUUUCGGUACACUAUUUUCAGUUUCUGUAUUAAGCCAUUGUAUGAAAGUAAACGAUGCCAUUAUAGGUUUAAUUGCUUGCUCUUUUGAUAUGCUGGCUGCAAUGUGUUACGUUUUCGCCACUGAACCCUGGCAAAUGUAUUGCAUUUCAAUGAUUGACUUCUUCCACGGAACGGCUCUCACUAUAUCUACAUCAUUAACGUCUAAAUUAGUACAGAAUGAUGAACUUGGUCGACUGAAUUCCGUCCAGGGAUUAAUAAGCACAUUACUAUCAUUUCUGAUAGUUUCAUUGUACAGCGCAACGUAUCAUUUUACUUUUGAAUUUUUAGCUGGUGCUGUUUUUCUGUUAAAUGUAAUUUUAACUAUUCCUAUAUUCAUAAUGUUUGCGAUUAUUUAUUGGAAAUGUAAGCACCUGUGGACUAAAGAAACCACACAGCCUCAAUGAAGUCAACUUAAGUUAUAUGUCUUUGAAUAUUGUAGUACAAUGACUGGAUAUUUUUUAGGUGUUAAAGUUUUCGUGGUAUUUAAUGAAAUUUUAUGUAUUAUUUCUUUUAUGAACUCCAAUGAUUUCCACCUAAAGUCUUAUUUCAAUAAGCGCAUUAUCGUCAAGGGAAAUCGUUUUUAAAGAGCCAACAGAUGUACUUAUUUUAUUUGAAUUAUACUAAAUGCUUUAUGUAUUUUUAAA